GUCGGGCAUUCCUGCCUGUGAGUCCUCCAUGCGCGCUGGAUGCGGGGCUCCACCAUGCGAGAAUGGCGCGUUGGAGCGAGAGCCCCGUUUCGCCGGCGGCACGGCCUGCACACCUUGACUCGGCGACCGCGCCGAGCUGCGACGCACGGGUGUCUGGCGGCACCCGCUGGCCUGACCUCGGAGCACGCCGGGGUGUGACAGGUGGCACAGCAAGGGUGCAGCGUGGGCGGUGCUGAAGCACAGCUUGGAGCGCUGCCUGCGCGGGCCCCGACGGCACGAUGCGCCGGCGGUCGGCGGCGCUCGCUGGGCUGACGUGUGCGCACCGCCUCGGGGGCGCCGCGGGAGCUGCCUCGGGCUGCGCACCAUCGCUGUCGCCAUGCCGGCAUCGCACGAGAUUUGGCAGAUGCGGCAGCACGCGCGGCGUUAGCGCAAGCCACGCGCGCCGGUGCCAAGAGCGGGCGACGGCGCUAGCACGCACCCACGAGGCCGGCCGCAGCAGCGCCGAAGCUUCUGCGCCUCGAGCACGCCUCCUGGCGCCCGUCGAUGCUGUGCGCCGCACUACUGCAUCUGCGCCGCAGCCGCUGUCACCGCAGCACCAGCGAGUCGCCGGUCCCGGCUGCAGCCUGUGCAUGUGCGUCGGCGAGCCAGCAUUCAUCCGCAAGGGUCGGACAAGCGCAGCAUUCAGCAGGCGGGAGCCUCUCUUGCGGGGCUUGGAAAAUAGCUCCGAAGCCUGUCCGCCGUUUGUCCGGCGGCGGCGAUGAGGCGCACGUUGUGCAUGUGCGAAUGAAGGGUGACGUGAACGAGAUGUGGCGCGCCAGGGGCGCUCGAGGAACAAACGGAACGCGCCAGAUGAGGACAGCGCGCGCUGAUGGGCUUGGCAGGACGAGAGGCGGUGGCCCGAUGGCCGUGCGAGG